UGCGUCUAGUGUACUGCCGAGGAGUGCUUACCCAUGGAUCUGAUCCGAAGCUUCCACGCGAAGCUACGGUCUCUGGCCAUCACCCUAGACAGCGAGACGGCUCGGCUGCAGCGAGCGCUGAACGGAGAGGAGAGUGACUGUGAAGAUUACCCAAUGAGAAUUUUAUAUGACCUUCAUUCAGAAGUCCAGACUCUAAAGGAUGAUGUCAGUAUUCUUCUUGAUCAAGCAAGUUUGGAAAGUCAAGAAAGCAUUGGUUUCAUAAAGGCAACAAAAGUACUGAUGAAAAAAAAUUCAGUGGAUAUCAUGAAAAUAAGAGAGUUUUUCCAGAAGUAUGGAUAUAAUCCACGUGCCAAGAAGGAUUCAGUGGAUGAACAAGAAAUCAUUGACUCUGAAUCAGAGUCCACUAAGCAUGAAGAUUUUCACAUACCUGAUGUGAAGGACAACCUGUCUGAUCCUGCUGUUCCGAGCACUUCUGGUUCUGAGAAGUCUCCACGGAGUCCACAGCUUUCCGAUUUUGGACUUGAGCGGUACAUGGUAUCCCAAGUUCCACCAAAGGCUCCACAGGCAGUAAAUGACCAUGAGGAAGAGCCAAAAAAUUUAACUCCGUCUUCUAAACAGUCAGUAGUUAAAGUACUAAAAACUCCAAAAUGUGCUCUAAAGAUGGAUGAUUUUGAAUGUGUAACUCCUAAAUUAGAACACUUUGGUAUCUCUGACUAUAGUGCAUGUUUAAAUGAAGGUUACACGAUGGGACUUAAAAAUAUAAAGGAGAAUAAAAGUGAAGAGGCCAUAGAACCAGAACCAGUGACCAGUGAUAAUUUCUUUGCCGCUCCUGGCCUCCAGCAGUUGAAAAAAAAUGAUGACGCUGUUUUCAGUGGAAGUUCUGGAAACCACGGGUUGUCCCGUAGAGCUGUUUCAUGCUCACCCCAGCCAAGGCCCCAUGGUUUACCAGUACACACAGAUGCCAACUGUACAGAUUCUCCCUUGGCACCUACAUUUUGCACUCCUGGUUUGAAAAUUCCUUCUACAAAGAACAGUACAGCUUUGGGAUCCACAAAUUAUCCAUUAUCAAAAACAAAUAGUUCAUCAAAAGAUUUGGAAAUGAAAGACUGUACAUCGUUAGUUUUAAAUUCAGACAAGUGUUUUGAGAGUUUUGCGGAUCCCUCUUCUCCUGUAAUUUCUUCUUAUGAGAAUCUGCUGAGAACACCCACACCUCCAGAAGUAACUACCAUUCCAGAAGACAUUCUCCAGAUUUUAUCAAAAUACAACUCAAACCUAGCAACUCCAGUAGCAGUGAAAGCCGUGCCACCCAGCAAAGGGUUCCUCACUAAAUACGAAGGACUAAACAUCCGAGGUGUUGGCAACAAAGAAAACUGGUGAAGAUGCCUGAUGUUUGCGCACCACCACUGGCCCUUUAAAGGAGAGCAAUAUUCUGAUUUUCCUGGAAGAACUCACAGUCCAGCUCCAGCUUCAACCAAGCAAUAUCACAAUCCCUGACCGGCGUGGUCAGUGAUAGGCAUACAACCUGUGAAGUCAGAGAGAGCCAAUUCUAGGACUUGGGGAACCGCUGGGAAACACCACUUCUUUUCUGGAUGUGCAGAGACGCACACCUGGAGCUCCUGGCCACCAUCUUCUCACCGUGACAGGAAGGGAGCCCGAGCAAGAGAGCGGAGGUGUGACAACUUGGAACCUCACCAUCUAGCUGGGCCCGCAGCCAGCUCGCUCUAGCCUGGGACUUUUCUGUUAAAUGCUUCAUAAACUCCUGUGCUAUGCUGGCUGGAGUUUCCUUGUUAUUUGAGUUUCGGUUGAUCUGUUUCAGGUCUCAGGUUAAAUGUCACUUUACCUUCCCAGUCCCAAAGGUCCUCCUGUAGUUCUGAGCACCCUAUUGUCAUCCUUCACAGUACUUGGUAAUUUGUAAGAAAAUAUUUGAGUGUAGAUUUAAUUUUUAUAUCUACUAUUGGACCAUAAACUGAAAGGCAAGGAUCUGGUUUGCUUUUGUUCGUUACGCAGAUACUUAGCAACUUAAGUUCCUGAAUGAAUUUGUGAUAACAAACACUGAGAUCUCACUCUGCUCGGCACAGUUCUAAAUACAUUUGUGAACCAAUUCUUAGAUCAACUCUUAUGAAGUAGGUACUAUGAUCCUGACUUUUCACAUGAGUACACUGUGGCUUUGAUGACUUUCCUUCUCCCUGCCCCAUUUCCCACCCCAGAUCUUAAUGGCCUAAGAUCUCUGGGACUUGUCCCCUCCCCCGUCCCCUCUGCCACUUACUGCAGUUCUCACCUAGAUUAGUGCAGCAGCAUCGGACACUCCUUUUUAACCUGAACUCCAGUCAACAGUACUUCAGUGCUCUAUUGACUGUUCUUCCUUUAUCAUGUUCGUGCCUUUGUUCAUGCUAGAUCCAGUUAUCUGGAGAACUCCAACCCAACCUGAGGUGUUGGACAACCUUAAAUGCCAUCUUCAGUAGCGACUGUCUUUGUCAGGACACUUUUCCCUCCACCUUUCAUCGUAUUUACACUUCCGUAACUAGACUGUAAGACCUUCCGAGAAGGAUCGUAUCUGGGUCAGAUUUAUCUGUGUACCACCAGGCUCACAGCAGCUACUAUCAGGUAGGCACUUUCAAAAUGUAUCAUCUCCUGGCACAGUACUGGAAAGUGAGAGGAGUUAAAGUAAUCCGGGAUACUACCAAUUCUGACAGCUCCCAGUAGUCACUCUGCAGAUUCUGGAAAUGCCUCAGGAGGCUCACCUCAUUCACAAUGGAAAUUGCUUUAAUCUCAUCAACUCCUCUCUGAAAUUUUCUUAGGAACUGCUAGCCUGGACAGGAAGUUCUGACAGCCGAAGGCACAAAGCAAGGGGACAACAAACCCCUUUUCUUCUUCGAAAAUGGCGAAUGGCACUUCGCUGAAUAUUCACCAUCAGGCACACUCAGCACCAUUUCAUCGGCUCCUCCCAACAAGCUUUCCAGGCUGGUGGUAGUGAGAACACCUUUCUACAGUUAUGAUUUUUGCUUAGCGAAAUUAUCUUUUAGUAUUUAAUGUUAAAAUUGCUCUUUAGACUUUAGCUUAUUCUCUUCCUAUAGGGGUAAGAAAACCCAUGAAUAAACAUACUUCCUUAAGGCUUGUUCCACUGUAGACUCCCACGAAAUUACAGUUGUCGACAAAACCACCUGUAUCCAAGCAAUAGAACACAAGUCCUUGUCCGGCUGCUCAGACCCCCUAAAUGGAAGCUGGGACUGUACCAUUUAAGAUAGGCUUUCUGGUUUGUAUAAAACUGAAACCGGGGGGGGGGGCACCUGGGUGGCUCAGUCAGUUAAGCGUCUUCCUUCAGCUCAGGUCAUGAUCCCAGGGU